CGGAGGAAGCUUGAACAAAUCCGAAGGUCAGUGAUACUAAUUUAUAUCUUAUCGUCAUACUAACCGCUAUCGUCAAGGGAGAGAGACGGCAUAAGUGCUACUCCUUUAGACUCUAACACAAUCCGACAUGGAUCAAGUUUUGAAAAGUCUACUGAUUAUACCCUAUAUAAUAUAUUUAUGUAUAGAAGCUCUGGUGAUGAAGUUAAUACCCAGGAGUUUGUUAUAUAAAAAUUUAGAAGGAGAAGUGGUUUUGAUCACCGGCGGAGGAAGUGGAAUCGGCCGUUUACUUGCACUCAGAUUCUCACUCUUGGGAUGCCGAAUUGUUAUUUGGGACAUAAACGAUAAAGGUAAUUUAGGAACCUCAGCUUUAGUGAAGAAUUUUGGAGGAGAGUGCCACUCGUACGUCUGUGACAUAACAAACAGAGAAAAAGUGUACGAAUUGGCUAAAACUGUUAAGGAGCAGGUGGGUCCUGUAACUAUUCUAAUCAACAAUGCCGGAAUCGUGACUGGAAACUUACUGUUAGAUUGUCCCGAUGACAUGAUCGAAAAAACUUUUCAGAUAAAUGCCCUUUCACAUUUUUGGAUGUUGAAAGCUUUCCUUCCCGAUAUGAUGGCUGCAAAUUAUGGACACGUCGUUACUAUUUCUAGUAUGGCUGGUAUAUCCGGAUGUGCAAAACUCGUCGAUUAUUCUUCUAGUAAAUUUGCUGUUGUAGGUCUUCACGAAGGCUUAUGUUGCGAAUUAAGAAAACAGAACUUGAAUGGUAUUAAGUUGACACUGAUAUGCCCUUUCUUCAUCAAUACAGGGAUGUUUACUGGAGUUAAUACAGGAGUUAUCGGCCUAUUAGAACCUGAUUAUGUUGCUGAUGAAAUCGUUUCGGCAGUUAGAUGCAACAAAAACAUGUUAAUCUUGCCAACUUCACUUUCUUGGCUUUUCCUAUUUAAAAAUCUUUUCCCUGUAAGUGUGGGUUUAACAAUACACGACCUUUUGAAAAGUGAAUGUAUCAUGGAUAAUUUCAUCGGAAGAAAUAGUAAAAAUAAAUAAGUUUUCGUCACCAAGAAGCGUUACUUCGAGUUAUUCAGUAAAAUUUUAUGGGUGAAGAGAGUACAGUAUUUAGCAUCGUCAUGGGAAGUGAUUUUAAUUAUUGGAUUGUAAUGGGAAGUUUUCAUUUGAAUUUGCAAGUAAAAGUGGAUUGCAUAAGACUAUCUAAAAUGUCUUUGCUUUACCUAAAUAUGCACUUUUAAUCAUAAUCUUAAAUGUAACAUUUUAUGUCAAAAGCUAUGUUUAUUCCCUAUUUUAUAUCUACAAAGUUUUGGUGUUAUUAGAGGUAUUUGUAAACACUAUAUUCGUUCAGUGUUUAAGACACUGUAUAAUUAUUUGUUUGAAAUGCGAACCAUUUAGUUUAAAGUUAAUUUGCUCUUUAAAAUCAAUCUAUUUAAUAAAAUUAGAGAUAAUUUAAAUAGACACUUUCUAGUGUAUGUUCAAUGGAUAAAACUACAGAACUGUUCGCGCCUCAUCAACGGGCUGACACGUGAAAUUUUCCGAACUUUCUUCACCUCUCUAACACCUAAAUAGGGGCCAGUUUUCCCAAGUUCUUCCGGGAAGCAUCACACUUCGGUAGAUCGCGUACUUCUUGCACUUGCUGUAAACAAAUAAAUCA